GCUCCGGGCGGGGCCGCGCAUCGGGGCCGGGGCUCCCCGCAGGAAGGGGGUUUGGUCGCGGGGACGUCGGUGCUCCGGGCCGCCCGCUGGGCUCUGGAGACUGCGGCCUCGCCUGCACGGCCCGGCCCCGCCCGCGGCCCCGCUCCGGCGCAACGCUCCCUGCGACCCGGAAGCGGAAGUGCGCGGCGGGCGCGUCGCCAUGGCAGCGGGCGGAAGCGGAAGGCGCGGCGCUGAUGGCGGCGGCGGGGGGCGCGGCGCUGUGGCGGCGGCUGGCGGCCUGGCUGCCUCGGGGUCGUCCGGGCCUGGCCGCGCUGCUCGGCCGCCUCUCCGACCGCCUGUCCCGGGGCCGCGACCGCCGCUCCCGCAGAUCAUCAUGGCUUCUCCUAGCCCCACUGCUCACCCCACCUGUUCCUGUGAUCACAGCCAUGCCUUGUUCCCUUUGCCCAGAAGGAGCACACAGGUUCCAAUGGAUCAGGAAUCUGGUUCCAGAGUUUGGAAUCUCCAGCUCUCACGUCAAGGUGCUUUCUUCUCCGGCUGAAUUCUAUGAACUCUUGAAGGUGCAGAUAAAAACAGCCAAGCAGCGAGUGGUGAUGGCUUCUCUAUACCUGGGAACAGGGCUCCUCGAACAGGAGCUGGUGAAUUGCCUAGAAGAAACACUGGAGAAAUCAUUGCAAGCAAAUGAAUCACCAAACCUCAGAGUUUCCAUUCUUCUUGACUACACCAGGGGAUCUCGGGGCAGGAAGAAUUCUCGAACGAUGCUAAUUCCGCUGCUGCAGCAAUUCCCUGAACAAGUGCGUGUCUCCCUUUUCCACACCCCAAACCUGCGUGGACUUCUCAAACUCCUGAUUCCAGAGCGUUUUAAUGAGACCAUUGGCCUGCAGCACAUCAAGGACUCUCCUGAGAUUGCAGACUUCUUCACGGAGCUAGUGGAUGCAAUUGGAGAUGUGUCUCUGCAGCUACAGCAGGAUGAUACAGUCCAGAUGAUGGAGGGGAUGGUACACCCCUACCAAGGAGAUAAGGUGAGAUACUGUGAGAUAGCAAAUCGAAGAGUGAUGGAAGUGAUUAACUCUGCCAGGACACGGCAAGAACUCCUUCAUGCAAAGACUUUCCACAGCAGCCAGCAAGGCAGCUCUGCGCUACCCCAGCACGACUCUCAAGCAUCUGGGGGUCUGAAACCAGAACCUGACACCUGGAUCUAUCCCUUAAUCCAAAUGAAACCUUUUGGGAUUCAGAUAGAUGAGAUAGUCACAGAGACGCUGCUGACAGAGGCUGAGCGGGACGCCAGGAUAUACCUCACCACGGGCUACUUCAACCUAACGCAAGCUUACAUGGACCUCAUUCUGGGCACUAGGGCAGAAUAUCGGAUUCUUCUGGCCUCACCAGAGGUGAAUGGUUUUUUUGGUGCCAAAGGGGUGGCAGGUGCCAUCCCUUCUGCCUACGUUUCCAUAGAACGCCAGUUUUACAAUGAGGUCUGCUGCCUUCACCAACAGGAGAGGAUCCAGCUGCAGGAGUACUCCAGGGCUGGAUGGACUUUCCAUGCCAAAGGCCUCUGGCUAUACCUGGCAGGGAGCAAUCUUCCCUGCCUAACCCUCAUUGGGUCUCCUAAUUUUGGAUAUCGAUCCGUUCAUCGUGACUUGGAAGCUCAGGUUGCAAUAGUGACAGAAAAUAAAGCUUUGCAGCAGCAACUCCAUCAGGAGCAGGAGCAACUUUACCUCUGCUCAGGUGUAGUGUCGUCGUCAACAUUUGAGCAGCCGAGUCGGCAUGUGAAACUGUGGGUGAAACUGGUAACACCUCUGAUCAAGAAUUUCUUUUGAAAGAAGCAGAGUUGCAGCCUUGGGUUAAAGGUCCAGACAUAGGUGGGACCUCGCGUCCGUGUCUUAUAGACAGGACAUUCGUAGACGUUCUUGGUGUCCAUGCGGUCCACGGGGAUGGCUCUGAUGAAGAUGACUGGCAUCAUGGGCGUCAGCUCCUUCAGUCGAGCAUCUGCGAUGGACCCGGAAGGGAUAUCCCAUCGAGCACCUGCACGAUUACAGAACUGUCAUGGUACCAGCUCCCCAAUGGCAUUUUCACUUCAGAGUGGCUGUUUUUUAACUACUAACGGGUGGGAAGGGGUUGUUCCAGCAGCGCAGUUGGAAGGGGUCAAGUCUGAAGGUUGGGUAGCCACGGUUUAGUAGUCGUUAGGGCUGACAUGUUAGCAUCUCACUGUGACUUAUAAAUGCAUUUUUCCUUGCUGGGUGGGGGAUGUCUAAAUAAAUUGUGCCCCCACUCGUCCAUUCGGUGCAGGCUUGCAUGGAAGUUGCAUAGGUGAAGGUAAACUUGGCUGUGGUGGGAACUACAAUAAGCUGUCUGACUUGCUCUGUGCCCUUGUUCAAGCUGACCCUUUUGGUGCUCUGCUGAUACUCCCAUCUCAUUCCCCCUCAUUUAUUUUAGCAGUAAUUAUUUCAUGUUCCGAGUUUCCCCAUUUGUCUUACUCACACGUUAAGCAGAAACAAUGUAAAAAAUAUAUUUAUUUGCUAGAACCAUGUAGCUUAAAGCAGCCGAGCCCUCAGGUUCUCAAUAGGCAGUCUGUGUUUAGUUUCUGGUCUGUGAAACUCUGCUCGUAAACCCGGCUGCUGCUGCCCUCAGCUGGUGUGUGCCUGACACUGGCGUGGGAUAAAGGCUCCGGUGCUUGGAGCUUUAGCAAAAGCUGCACCCAAAUUUAGUGAGUUAACACCUGCUGUGUUUGCAAGAGUUUUUAAUUCUGGCCUAGGAUUUCUCUGUGCCUGAAGCAUCUCCUACAAGAUGUAAUCUUUUACCUUCCAUGAAUAAUCCGUGUACAUAGGAGCCUUCUCUGGGUGGAGCUGUCAUAUCCUCACGGUUUUUCUUGGUCACUUCCACUGCAAGGCACAUCUUGUCCAGUGGCCAUUCAUUUUUCCUAGCCAUGGACUGCAUGAUAGCGGUGAGGAAAGACUGGGGAUUGAAGAACCCUGCCAGCCACACAGUCACAGGCAGCACAAAGUCCGUUGUCCAGAUUUCUAGUUCCUGGAAAAUAAACCAGAAAAGUACUGUAGAGCAAAGCGUGGCCUUUGGACGGUGGAGCGCUGCUUUGACGUCACAGAGACGUGCUGCAGGAGCUGGGCAGGCUGGGGUGGCGUGGGCAGUGACGAAUACAUAUCGGAUUGCACUGCAACAGUUAAACUCCAACUGUUAAUUUGGGUUGUUGUAACUACUGCUGUUGUUCCUUUUUUUUUUAAAUACAUGGUUUUAUUAAAUACAUAUAUGUUUUUUUUUUUUUUAAUGAGAUGUACAAAGUUACGUUAGGGCAUCUCAUGUUCUUUUGAAACAGUGUCCUAUGCUAAUGGUGAACUCUUCUCACCCUUGGGCUCUUGUUCUUGGGAUAACAGUUCAGGUACUUUAAACUGCUUAAACUAGCUCUGAACAAUAAAACAGUUAACUACCAGUGA